AUGUCCUCGGGCGCGAUUGAGACUCGUCCGGCUCUGAAUCCUCUGAAGCGACCACGGCAAGAUCCAGUCUCAUGUCAGUUCUGCCGAUCCAAGAAGCUCAAAUGCAAUCGCCAAAGCCCGUGUUCUAAUUGCUCUUCGAGGGGCCUUCCUUGCGAUGGCAAUUCCGCUUCACAUGCACGUCGCCCUCUGGAGGCAACAGGAGAUGCUGGCGAGCUAUCUAUACUGGCACGAUUGAAGCGACUCGAGGACGUUGUGCUGGGGCCGCCGUCCGAGUCGAAGCUUGAUGGCAUCAGUGCGAGCGUGUCUCAUGGCCUUCCCACAAAGGCCACAUCGUCGCCCAGCUUGGCCUGCGUCUCACCCGCGUCGGAAUACCAAGAGGCGAUACACAGUCUGGAGGAGACAGGCACUCGCGAUGCGCCAUCGUCAUAUCGAGGCCUCGACAUCCGGCUCAUGUCCACCCAUCAGAUUGCGGUUGAUCAAGACAAGUUGUUCAACCUCCAGACGGCUUCGAGGUGCCUGUGCUUGCCGCCAAAAGCAGAAGCGAGAGCACUAUUCGACCACUAUUUUAAAUACGUCGACCUUCUGCAGGAUGUCGUCCAUGCGCCGACCGUGCGAGCGUCGCUGCAGACCGUUUAUGCCAGUCUGGAAAGCGGGCUUCCGGUUGUUCCUUCUGAAGUGGUCCUGUUACUGGCCAUCUUUGCGAGUGCUGCUGGGCUUUGCACUUACUUCCCAGGAGAGACUCGGGCUUUCAUGUCUUCUACAGAUGCGCUGCAAGCAUCUAUGUUCUGGGCGAACUCUGCUCUGGAAGUAUUGGAGUUCACUCAGCGCAUGGUGGCGAGACAGCUGGCAGACAUUCAGGCCAGUAUCAUCCUCGGCUUCCUGCUGUUUCACAACGAAGGAUUUUCGACGCGGGCGCGCUGCCUCUUUGCCAGCGGCGUCGCCAUGGCUCGUGAGUUAUCGCUGCAUAAGAUUGACGCACCCGGCAACCCAGCAUCGGGCUGGCCCAACAAUCAAAAUGCCUUGGAGACAGAAAUCAAGCGCAGGGUCUGGUGGCACACGGUCGCCACAGAUUGGCUGCUGGGCCUCAGCGGAGGUCCGCAAGAAGGCACGUACUGCGUCCAACCUCGCCACAUGCGGGUGAACAUGCUACGGAACGUCGACGACGACGACCUAGUCCGCGACGGUCCACCUGUCGACAGACCCCUUUCCGAACCCACAGCCAUGUCAUACUACAUCCAGCGCGUCAAGCUUGCCGCCAUCUGCCGCGAAGUUAUCGACGUGAUGCCCUUGACCAGCUUCGAGCUCGGCACGGUCGACUACCAAGAUGUGAUCAAUCUCGACCGCAAGUUCGAAGCCUUUUUCCGAGACUUGCCUCCAUUCUUGAAGAUCGACGAGCGCCAUAUCCGCCAAAGCGAGCACAUCAUGCGUCAGCGCCCGCACAUGCAAAUCCAACGGUACGCCCUGGGCAUGAUCGCCCAGACUCGCCGGUGUAAGCUGCACCAGCCCUUUCUGAUCCGCCGUUCGGUGGAACGUCACUACGACUACUCGCGCCGAAUAUCGCUCGAGUCGGCCCGAUCGGUGAUCCGCAUGAAGGACCUUCUCCACCCCGACCCCGAGGCAGAAGAAGGGGGCUUUGUGACCAUGAGCGCAAGACACACGGGCAUUGUCUAUCACAUCUUCAUGGCGACAAUCGUGCUGGUGAUGGAUCUGUGCUUCAACCGCGUCGCCGAGGGCGAAGACGAUGCCGCCCGCAAAGCCGAAGUCGUCGCCGCAUGCAAGAUGCUAGAAGAUGCAAAGUCCGAAUCUGCCAUGGCCAGUAACUUCUUGGACUCGCUCAUGGACGUGCUGAGGAAGCAUAAGGUGCGGCUACACAACAACAACAAUAACAAUGCACGCCCACCUGUCGCGUGGGCUGUACCCCCCAGUGCCGUCCUCGAAGAGCAAAGUCUUCCUGUGGUAUCUAGCUGGUCGCCGCAACCUCUCCACAGCGCUGUCGGUGAAGACCUCAAUCGACCGGCGCCAGCGCUAGAAACACAAGCGCAGACACUCGGCGACAGCGACAGUAACGCCAACGCCAUGCCCGUCCAAGAUGCCUCACAGCACGAUCUGUCCGACUUUGAUGCAAUUUGGCAGGAGUACGUCGAGCUAGGGCCAAACAUGGGCAUCCCGGGAUGGGACAGUCUCUUCUCCCACCUAGAUUCAAGGUUUUGA